UCCGGGUACGACGUGAUGUGUAGCAGCCCAAACUGGGGCCAGCUGCCAGCCCUCGCCAUUUCGAACAUUUUCCAGUGUCUAAACCACCAGGAUCGUCUCCGUGCGUCGACGGCAUGCUGGCACUGGCGCUCGACCAUUUUCCAACCCAGAUUCUUCAAACGCAUUCAAUUCAACGUGGCACGAGAGCAGAACCGAAAGAAUAGCUUCUUUUUGGAAAAGCUAGCUCACAUCGUCAGCGAAGUAAAAAUUGCCUUCGAUUCGUGCAAUUUAUACGAUGUCGAACAGGCUGCCGAAAUUCUGUACAAGCUUAGCAAAAGCUCUCGGCUUCUCAGUAUUUCCAUCCUUCCCAAAUAUGCAACCCUUGUUACACCCGGUUCGUUCUGUUCCGAGGAUGAAUGGGACUACGUUCUCAAGCUGUUUGUGCAACCCCUGAUGUCUUUGCUCAGCAGAAAGAAUCCUCCACUGCAGGCACUGGAUUUGGGAGGCUCCGAAAUUCUUUCCCUUCACGCUCCGGAUUUCCUGCACUGCAUCUCGAAACCGCAAUGCUUGGAACGGCUUGUGUUAGCCUCGGUGAAGCAGGAUCCAGGUCACUAUGCGCUGCAGCUGAUUGAGCCGGCUCUGUUUGAAAAGUGCAGCUCGCUGCAGGUUCUCUCGCUCGACUACGAUAGCAUGUGCGAGGAGCUACUGCACACGCUGCAUCUGCUUCCGUUGCGUCAGCUCAUCGUCCAUGUCCACGGCAUCAACGAGGAGGACCAUUUUGGGCUGUCGGAGAAUGCGUGGACCAGUUUUCGUAACAGUAACCCACAGACGGAACUACACCUGACGCUGAUGUGCGCGUACGAAGCUGUCGACAUGCUUCAUUCGCACAUCUUUCGACGGUCGAUGCCACUGACCCAUCUGAAGGUGUUAUUCUGUGAGAAGAUGAAUCGCGAAGCUUUGAAUUACCUCUCGGAACAUUACAACGCUACUCUCCGCAGUCUAGUUUGGGUCGAUUCGAUGCGAAUCGAACAGUACCGAAACAUCAUGGAACUGGUAAUGCACACCGACAUGGAUCCACUAGUGAUGAUGGCCUGGCGUUGCAAAAACUUGCAAGAAAUCAUCAUCCACGGUUAUCUGCUCGAUCCUAUCAAUCUUGUCGGUGUUUCGCGUUUACGGGGCCGGGAGCUGCAGUUGCUUGAGGUGUCUGGAGUCCAUUUUACGAUCCCAUCGGUGCGCAACCCAUACAUCGCGGAAAUCAGCGCACAGCUUGGCAAAAAAUGGUGCCCGUUGCAUGAGAAAACACUUCCGCCAGCACUCCGCUUCUAUCCAGUGGCAAACGAAGUGCGUGAUCAGUACAUCUUGAAGUACAUUCGCAAGGAUAUCAUGGAGUAG